UUUCUUAUGUUUCGGAAUACAAAAAUUCAUUAUCUCCCUUCUAAUAUUUUUCAACCACAGCCCUCUUUCUCGAAAACGACAUUCACCAUUAGGGCUUUGCACCAACUUUUAUAGCCCUUUUACCGGAAAAUGUCUAGCGCGUUCAAGUGGCACUCUUGCUCAAAAGAGGAUUUUCCAUUCAAACGGCAAAAAGUACCACGAGCUUGCAUAUGCUGCCGAACGAAAAAGAUGAGAUGCGACGGAGCUCGGCCAUGUGCAAGAUGCGAAAAGACAUCUACAAUUUGUGAAUACGAUGAAAAAAUAACCCAACCAAGGCGGCAAAGUUCACAGCCUGCGGUACAAACAUUGUCAUCUUCCACGCCAAAUUUGCAUGAAGAGGAAAGGCGAUUGAGCACUAGCUCCGAUAAACAUAGCGACGUUAACUGUCAAUGCGAUAUCUAUCAACGUAGAAUUCACGAUCUCGAAGCUCAGCUUCAUGUAUUAAAGCAGGAACGAGACAGGAACAUUGUAAAAACUGAAACCUGUCUAGAAGAUGGGAAGAAGCAAACGCAAUCUGCUGGUCAGGAAAAGUCUGCUCCUUCCCGAACUAACCUUCCCGAACCACUGGAAAUGCCUUCAGGGAGUGAUGCGGAACCCGCCACCAUCAUGCCACCUAGUUCUAACAUAUCUUUUGCCAAUGACUUGUACGCCUAUAUACGGAGUCACCCGCCGUCCGUCAGAGCCAAUCAGGCUCGAGCUUACAUCAGUGACACACGAUUGCCACCACUAAUGUUUGAUUUCUAUAAUCUUUCAUCGCAGCCUCAUACCAUAUGGAUGGCCUUUGUAACCUUCAUGAGACAAUGGUCUCAAAAACAGCAGCAGCAGCAUCAUGGCCCCAAUAACACCAAGAAUGAACAUAUCUCUAAACUCCCAGUGCCAGAUAACCUCGGCUGCGAAAUGUUGAAACUUCAUACCUGCCAUAAUUACUUGUAUAGUGCGUUUAUUGAUACAUCAAACGCAACCAACAAACAGACAGCUUCCAACUGGAAAUCAAAGCUUUCAGAAAAACCUUUUCUCAAGACGCAGUCUGCCGCAUCUGGAUGUGACGAGACCAUGCUUGUAUAUGCCAUUUUUGCCAAUGUGUUUCUAUGUGCCUCGCAGUCACUUUCUAUUUCGGCUCCCGAUAUUGCCGAACUCUCUCGCCAAUGCUCUGAAGUAUACUAUCACCAAGCCUAUAGAAUAUUUACGACAAACGUCUUUCCUGCUUCUCAUCCGGCUCAUCCAGCCGAGCCUAUUAUGGAGCAACUAUCUAUAUUGGCGAAAACGUCGGUCUUGCUUACGCAUUAUCAAUGCGCUACUUUGUCCGAAGAACAGGCGUUCUUAACCUUCAAGAUUGGCCUCACCUUUGCCGAAAGGCUUGGACUACACAAGUUGUCUACCCAUAUAACCAGUCAACAGCAGUUUACACAGUUCUAUAAUGCAGAAGUCGAUGAUGCGAGACGUCUUUGGAUUACCACCGAUAAAGUCAACGCCGAAGAGUACGAACGAUUAUGCAAUCUUUGGAAAGUCAUUCGUGGUUGGGAUGUAUGGUUUGCUGUAUACCUCGAUAGACCACCUAUGGUGGGUGACAUGCCGAAAGAUGUACCAAAAAUACUGCCACCAUCAAAACGUAUAGAACCCCGAGAUUGGGCAAUGCAAGUAGUAGACGUCUAUAUCGAUAGUAUGAAGACUAUAUUCCGAUCCCCAAGCAGCAGUAGCUGCGCUCAGCUCAAGAGCAAACUUGACAAGCUGAAAGUAUGGUCAUCGUCAUUCAUGGCAAAGCAACGAAAAGGAGUUGAACGUUCGACAAAUGAAUCCUCAAUCCAUUUACCUGCCUCCAUCUUAUCUCUAUACCAUGAUAUCUUGACCAUUCAACUCUACCGAUCAAAGGCAUUGCCCGCUCUCAAAUUCUUUGGCGAUGCAGCUGGAUGGGUUCCCUCCAAACAGAAGACUAAUUCAGGAAACAAACGACGCAUGGAUACUGAACCAGAAUCUCCCAAACCUGUAGCAAAUGAAGAGGCCGGUAAAAAGGACCAGAGCAAGGAAGAUUAUGGGGCUGGAAAAGUGGACAAAACUUUGAAACAUAUCGAGGUUACAGAAACUUCAGGACCAACUGAAACCAAGGUAGCUGCUGCAUGUUGCACUGUCGCUGCCCGAAACAUUGUAGAGACCGCUACGCGUAUCUUAUCUACCGAUCGACAUUGUGCUGGCGCUCCGGUUGUCCUCUAUCCACUUUGUUUGGCUGGUACGGUUCUUAUAUGGCAAUAUCACCAACGUUCAAGGAGUAGCCAUUUGGGUAAACAUGGACGAAGCGAGAAUGCAGAGCAAGACAAAAGCGGUCUGCUUGUUCUGGAUGACAGCGAAUUCAAUCGAGUUCUUUUGUCAUUCAAACAACUCACAAGAGAUAUAUCAAAGAGUUUUCCUGUGGCAGAGAAAGUUUUGAAUGUUCUCAACGAAAUGCUUGGAACCAACACGGUCAUUAAUCUAUCAUCGGAUCCCACUUCUAUUGCUGACGCACCCUCCAACGAACUAAGUUAUAUGGUGAAUCAACAAACUCAACAAACACAUCAGCAACAACAAAUGCGACAACAAAUGAAUAUGAUGCUACAACCAGAAUGGAUACCCGAGUUUCAACCGGAUGGCAUAAUAGACAUGCAUCCGUCGUUAAUCCAGGAUCCACUUUUUUCAAAUCAGCGUCAGUCUAUUGGAUCAUUUCCUCCACCUAAUUAUACCCAUAUGGACGUCUUGAAUUUCUCAGGUCGGCGUGAAAUGGAUCGUGAAGCUAUUGGCAAGUUGGACCGUGACUACCGUGACUCGGUAGCGGCCACUAAUGCAUAUACCAAUCAAUCGGCUCAUAUGCUUGUAUUAUCAUCUCAACUUCCAAUGAAUUUUGCCAUGAAUCAAACCAUGUACGAUGAGCAAAUGUCGAAUUUCUCGAACAAGAAGUCGCCUACUACUGCUAGAGAAACACCUGACUUUACUACUACAAAGACACCAGUACGUACUCCAGCAACUCCAAAAGCAACUCAGCAAUGGAAUCGGCAGAUGUGGUUGCAACAUCAGCGACAACAAGUUAAUGGACAAUUUCCAUUUGAUGGCUAUAAUAGUCAACUUGUGACUGAAAAGAACAACUCCAAGAAACAGAGAGUUGAAAGUUCGUAUGACGAUAUACCAGAUAAUAAUGGAGAGUCGAUUAUGAAGAAUGAAUUUGCCAAUUUUACUGAGAUGACUGCGGCUGACCAACCAGUUGACUUUGGUGUAUACCCCUCCGAACUUAAUCAAUUUUUGAUCUCGGACCAACCCAUGAACCAUCAGCAUAAUCACGCAACUUCAUCGGAUCCCACAGGAUUGACUCUUCAGCACAACAAUAACGCAUAUUCCCAGCGGGCUCAACAUUUAUCGCAUCAGCGUUCGGUGAGCCAAGAUACCCCGCCAACCCCACAUCCUUACAUAACUAACGCUGCAAUGGCAAGCACACCGCAUACCAAAUUACCUCUACCUGCUCCGAAACAGACUCACGUUAUUCAAAAGAGCUGGCCCACAACGACAAGCUCAAGAGAAUUCGUUGCUCGCUUCAACGUGGUGGAAACUUUGCAUCCUGCUCAUCCCAUUGCAAGUUCAGAUGUCUCCUAUAUGGGCACUAACCUAGUCGAUCCCACUGCAAUGUCUGUUGUGCCUCCACCCUCUAGCUCCACCCAGCAACAGGGCCUGACCGACCAACAUCAGGAGAUGGUAUUAUCAACUUUUUGAAGAUAUACAUAUGUAUUGAAGACGGCGAUUGCAGAUGAACCCUCCUUGUGCUAUUUUCAUAACUUCUCUUACUUUAGCCCAUUCCUAUAUAAUACUUUUCAAAUGUUUUCAUUUUUUUCUAUAUUUUUGUUUUGUGAUCAUCAUACUGUUUCACUACUGUUUUGCGGUUGUUAUUUUUUUCUUCUACUGAAAAAGCAACAUAUGUCCAGGCAGAGCGCCAAUAAAUCAUCGUCCUCUAGCAGCUUGUUUUUUCUAUUGAAGUGGCGGCAAUGACGACGUCAA